UCAAUAUGUCUAUCUUCAAUCCCACUUGCUUACACAUGCCCCCCCAACACCCUCUUUACAUCUAAAUCAAGAUCACACCUUUUCACUUCACAUUAGGACUCGUUCAAGAGUGGAAAGUUAUCUGGUAGAGCUUCUCCAGGAAUAAUGGUGAAAGAAACUGAAUACUAUGAUGUACUUGGUGUUGGCCCUUCUGCUUCUGAGCAAGAAAUUCGAAAAGCUUAUUAUCUUAAGGCGAGGCAAGUUCAUCCAGACAAAAAUCCAAAUGACUCUCAAGCUGCUGAAAGAUUCCAGGAAUUAGGUGAAGCAUACCAGAUUUUAAGUGAUCCAGUGCAAAGAGAUGCAUAUGAUCAUCAUGGAAAGAAUUGUGUCAGCAGGGAAACUAUGCUUGAUCCAACUGCUGUUUUCGCACUCCUUUUUGGAAGUGAACUCUUUGAAGACUACAUUGGACACCUAUCUGUGGCAUCCAUGGUUUCCUUUGAAUUAGCCGGUGAAAAUGACAAUUCUGAGCAAGUGCACAAUAGACUGAAGACUGUCCAAAGAGAAAGAGAAGAAAAACUUGCAAGGACCCUUAAAGAUUUGCUUUACCAAUAUGUUCGAGGUGACAAAGAAGGCUUCUUACGACAUGCUGAAUCUGAAGCUGACAGACUUUCUCGUGCAGCUUUUGGAGCUGAUAUUUUGGACACAAUUGGGUAUGUAUACACCAGACAGGCAGCUCAAGAGCUUGGAAAGAAAGCAAUCUACCUAGGAAUGCCAUUUGUAGCUGAGUGGUUUCGACAUAAAGGACACUUCUGGAAAUCACAGAUUACUGCAGCAAAAGGUGCUUUUCAGCUGCUGCAACUACAAGAAGAUGUACGUCGCCAAUUUAAAAUGGAUGGAAGUGGACCUGAAAAUGACAUUGAAUCACAUCUAAAACACAACAAGAGUGUACUCAUGAAUUCAAUAUGGAAAUUGAAUGUAGUAGACAUUGAAGUGACUCUAUUGCAUGUAUGCCAAAUGGUGCUACAAGAAACCAAUGUCAGAAAAGAAGAACUUAAAACACGAGCAGUGGCUUUGAAAAUUUUGGGAAAAAUAUUUCAGAAUGCAAAGCAUAAGCAAACUGGAGGAACAUCUAAAAAUAAGAUCGCUUCCAGUAUAAAUGUCGAUGAUAGCAGUUCAGAGAGCAGUGAUGAUGAGGAUUCACCGAGAGCCCUUAAUUAUCGGACUCCUUUAUUAACACAGGGCAUUGGCAGACUUUUCAGGUGUCUCUGUAACCCUGCGUUUGAUGUGGAUGAUGAAGAAAUUGUAUAUAAAGGAAAAUGAGCCAUUUAACAAAAAUGUGGAAAAAGAGAUGGAAACUGGCUCUCAUAUCUGAAUGUCUCAUAUUGUAACUGUAUUAGUACCAUUUUCGUUUAUUGAGCAGAUACAUGCAAUGUUAACAAAGAAGAGUACUAUUUUGCUACAUAUAGUGUUUGAAGGAAUCAGAAAGGCGCAAGCCAGGAUUGCUUCCACUUUUGUUGGACUUUACAACUCAGGAUUCAUCUAUAUGAUAUCAUC